AUGGAUGUUACUUAUUUUAAAGAUAUUAAGCCGUUGUUCCGAGAAAAAGACGUAACUUGCAUGCAGGAGCGUUUUAACCUUUACAGCUAUGAUGAUGUUUCCAAAUACGCCGAUGCUAUCUAUCAACAAGUAUCAACAUACAAAAUGCCAGAAGAUGGCCCGUGGACUGACGAUAAAAUCAAGCUGUUCAAGGAGUGGAUGGACACGGGCAAACAAGAAGGAACUCAAACAUCAGCUUCAGAGCGGGAAGCUUUUUACAAAUUGUUGAACAUAGAAACGUUUCCCGAAUUUUUGCCCAUCGCUAAAGCCAUGGCUUAUCAAUACCUUGAAGAUGCAAAAAAAGAGGUUCAAAGCACUGAUGAUCCACUUAUGAAACCCUUUGAUUAUACAAAAGACGCUUUUGAUAAACGUUUGGAGGAUAUUUACAACCAAUUGCGAGAGGAAACUGAUGAAUAUGACCCGGCAAAUGAUCCCGUUUUUACCUCUCUCGAUGAGCUUAUCGAAAGGGUUCGCCAGUACGCCCCUUUUAACCAGACGGAUGGUUCUUGGUUACGUAACGCAGUUCAGCCAGGGCCAACCAACGAAAUUAGAUCACUCCUUUUUGCUAUUUGGCAAGAUGAACUCGGAAAUGGUAAUGUUGAACUUAAUCACGCGACGUUAUAUACAACCUUUAUGGGAGAAUGUGGCAUAUACCUACCGGACAUUAAUCAGGAAGCCUACAGUUUGGAUCCAAAUUUUCUCGAUUCGGCUUUUUCUGCACCAUCGUUGGCCCUCUGUAUCUCCCAAUUUUCUGAAGAAUUCUUUCCGGAAAUCCUAGGACUUACCCUUCAACUGGAAUGGGAAGUGUUGGACUUGAAACAUACCGUCAAGUUAUAUAAAUACUAUGGUCUGAGCACUCACUUUUACGAUAUGCACGUUGCCAUCGAUAACGCCUCUACCGGACAUGGUGCCAAAGCAAAAGAAGCAGUGAUGCUUUAUCUUGACUAUGUUCGCAAAACUGGUGGAGAGGAAGAGGUUCAAGCUGCUUGGCAGCGUAUAUGGAUUGCAUAUAUUGCCUUUAAAACAGUCGGGACUCUUGGGACGGAUCUUGAGAAAAAGAUCACGGAUAAAAGACUCGGCAUCCCAUCUCUCAGAGACAGAAUGAUCAGCAUGAUUUCUUUUAAAGCUCCUUAUGCAAGUCGUAACCAUAAUGACCGAAAAUUGGGGGACACGUACAUUAAUGAAUGGUUUGCAAAUCCCACAGGAUUUUUGGAUGCUUUGGCCGAGAGUUCAUAUAUUGUAAAAGGUGAUCCGGAGCAAUCUCGCAUAUUGACUCACAUAACAACCUGGGAUGGUCCCAUGUACAAGAUUUUUACUGAAGAUGAGCUUAAUCUGUGGCGCGAUUGGAUUCUCUCCCUUGGCCCGAAUACUGAUGAAUCGGCGUUAAAAAGAGAGACAAUUGAUUCCUUUGUUGAAAUGAAACGUCUAAUUUCUGUACUCAAAAAUAAUCAAGUUGGACAACCAGCACACAGCUUGUUUUUGCUUACUGGUCCAAAUCCCGCAAAUCCACAGGAAGCUACGCAACAAAACAUUCACUGGUGGCUUCAACAAAGCGACCCGAUCUGGGCAUUAAGAGCGUUGUGCAGUGACUUUAAUGCAACUCCGGUAAUUAUCCCGGGUAAACCUGAAGAAAGUAUCUUUAUUACGGCAUUGCUGGCACCCGCCAACAAAAUGGGAGCCACUUUUGCUAAUAUUGCAAUUCAGCAUGGACCUAUCAAAAGCGAGCACGAUCAGAAAUAUGCUGAUAAAAUACAACCAGAGCCAAGUGAAGAAUCCUGGUCUUGGAGAGAUAUUGUAUACAAAUGGAUUCAUGAUGGAUGUCCAUUGGAAGAAAAACAUCCUCAAUCGCACAUUCUCUUUAGUACACAUCCAUCUGGAAUUGUAAAACGCCGUUUAUAUGGACCGGGUAGUAUACACUAA